GGCGUCACUCAAUUCCCAAAUGCCUCUCUUUCCAAAAUAAAAAUAAAAAUAAAAUAAAAAUAAAUAUUCCUCUGUAUCAAUCUCUCCGAUCAGUCCGAUGGGAUGUUCAUCUCUUCCGGCAAGUUACGCCGUUUGCUCCAACUUCCACAUCAAUGCUCCUUCUCUACCAAUUCUCUCAACAAUGUCAUUACACCCGAGAUCCAGACACCGUUCCUUUCAUCUUUCUCCUUCUCUGUUCAAUAAUGGUCUCAAGAAUCGAAUUCUCUUGCUGAAGGACAUCAAUAAGUCCUCUUCGCACACGAACCAGAAAUUCAGCAUCCGUUCUUCGUCAACAAGUUCAGGAGAAGCCUCUUUGAACAUAAAACUCGUCAUAGUUUGCUCCUCUAUUACCGUUAUGUUAGCUGUCGCGAACCGCGUACUCUAUAAGCUCGCGCUUGUACCAUUGAAGCAGUAUCCGUUCUUCCUGGCUCAACUCAAUACGUUCGGGUAUGUGGCGAUUUAUUUUGUAAUCUUAUACAUAAGAUAUCGCAAGGGGAUUGUAACGGAUGAAAUGCUGUCCAUCCCAAAAGGAACGUUUAUUAUAAUUGGUAUUCUAGAAGCUCUUGGAGUUGCUGCUGGGAUGUCUUCUGGAGCGAUGCUUCCUGGACCAACGAUUCCUAUUCUUAACCAGACAUUCCUAGUCUGGCAAUUGGCCUUCUCUAGCCUUCUUCUAGGGAGAACAUACUCAUGGAACAAAAUUGCUGGGUGUUUGCUUGUAAUUGCAGGUAUAGUUGUGGCAGUUGCAAGUGGUGAUGGCCAAAUGUUAUCUGGCAUUGAGUUGGUUUGGCCUAUCCUAAUGGUUGCAUCAAGUUCUUUUCAAGCUGGUGCAUCUAUUCUCAAGGAAUCAAUAUUUGUCAAUGCAACAUCUCGCCUCAAGGGAAAGUCGCUUGAUAUCUUUGUCGUCAAUUCUUUUGGUUCUGGCUUCCAGGCUCUUUUUGUAUUCCUCCUCCUGCCUUUUUUGUCGAGCUUAAAAGGCAUACCUUUCUCUGAACUCCCCACCUAUAUUAUGAAUGGUGCUGGUUGCUUUCUGAAUGUGGGAGGUAAUACAGUAGGUUGCAAUGGAGCUCCUCUAUUACCUUUGCUUUACAUAGUUACCAAUAUAGCUUUCAACAUAUCAUUGCUCAAUCUCCUAAAGAUCUCCUCAGCAGUUGUUUCUUCUCUUGCAUCAAUGACAUCAGUUCCAAUAUCGAUUUACAUAUUGUCUCGUCCAUUACCUUACCUUCAAGAUGGUGCGAGUUUGAGCCGCUUCUUCCUGUUAGGCAUUAUAAUACUCUUGAUUGGUCUUCUUCUCUACAACAUGCCUCCUCUUAGAACCAAAAAGGAUCCUUAAAUUCAUGUAAAAAAAGAAGCAAUAUGAUAUUAAUUCUACUAGGAUUUUUUUUUUAUAUAAAUUGUAUACUAUUAUUUAAUGGUAAUGCUUCACCCAUCAAUUCAUGUUGGUGAAUUG